UGUGGUGUCGGGCGCUUCCGGCUCCGCCCAGACAGGACCUUAAAAAUGCGGCGCCUUGCGUGGAAGUGAGCGAUGCGCUGGGUGCUGCCGCUGGCCCGCAGAGUCUGCUUGGGUGCUGUGUGCCGCGGCCACAGCUGCUGCAGGCUCGGGAUGUUCUACGCGGUGCGGAGGGGCCGUAGGACCGGGGUCUUCUCGACGUGGAACGAGUGCAGAGCACAGGUGGACCGGUUUCCUGCUGCCAGAUUUAAGAAGUUUGCCACUGAGGAUGAGGCCUGGGCCUUUGUCAGGAAGUCUUCAAGCCCAGAUGGCUCAGAAGGGCAGAAAAACGCAGAAGAAUCACAGGUGAAAGCCAGCAAGCGGCCCCGGGAGCCUCUAGAUGACAGUGAAGACGCAAGCACAGAGCCGAGUGUCAAGCUCGCAAGACAGAACACAGAGCCAGCCCUUCCCAUUAGCAAGGACACAUUUUCUUACAUGGGAGACUCUGUCGUUGUGUACACCGAUGGCUGCUGCUCUAGUAAUGGGCGGAGGAGGGCCAGAGCUGGAAUCGGCGUCUACUGGGGGCCAGGCCACCCUCUAAAUGUAGGCAUUAGACUUCCUGGGCGACAGACGAACCAGAGAGCGGAAAUCCAUGCAGCGUGCAAAGCUAUAGAACAAGCCAAGGCCCAGGAUAUCAGCAAGCUGGUGCUGUACACGGACAGCAUGUUCACCAUCAACGGGAUCACCAGCUGGGUGCCAGGCUGGAAGAAGAACGGGUGGAGGACGAGUGCGGGGAAAGAGGUGGUCAACAAGGAGGACUUCGUGCGGCUCGAGAGGCUCACGCAGGGCAUGGACAUCCAGUGGAUGCACAUUCCUGGCCAUUCGGGAUUCAUGGGCAACGAGGAGGCUGAUAGGCUGGCCAGAGAAGGCGCCAGGCAGUCUGAAGACUGAGCAAAGUCGCAGAGAACCCUUACCCACGAGCUGGGGCUGCAGUGACCUUUACUCCCAGCGUACACCAUAGACUCCUCUGGGCUGCUGCAGUAGACAGAUGGACACAGCUUCUGCCAAGACUGAGGCCACCCUGGCGUUCUGUGACAUGGCUGGACACAGAGACUUACAGGAAGCAGUGAACAAGUUGGAGAUUUGCAGAUUCUGUGAAGAGUCGGUUCUGUGCUUAUUAGGCUUGAUACUGUUCUCUUGUUUUAUUGCAAUCUGGCCUGAAAUGCUUGGGCUUUGAUUUAAAUAAGGACUCACUAAAAAUAAAACAUGGAGCCGGGUGUGGUGGCACACAUAUGUAAUCCCAGCACGCUGGGAGGCAGAGCCAGAAGGAUCACAAGUUUGAGCUCAGCCUGAGCACCUUAGCAAACCUUGUCCCCCAAAAAACCCCAUAUAAAUGAGAAAGUCAGGGAAGUAUCUCCAUGCAGAAGCCCUGGGUUUAACCCCUACUACUGCUGGGGAUGGUGGUGCACACCUAUGGUAUAAUUCCCGAAUGAGUCUGAGGCUAGCCUGAGCUAUAUAGUGAAGCUGUGUCAAAAAAACCCAAAAUAAAUACUAUGAAAAGACAGGCUGAUUUGGAGGCACUGUGAGAGUGAGUGCCUUUGCCUUCCCAGUUGCAGCACUAGGUGACCUGUUCGCUGGACUGAGGCUGCUGGACAGCAGGCAGUGAGGGGUCGGGGCACCCUGGCGCCGAUGUGGGAUGGUGACAACUGCUAAAGACCAAGGGACAUAAGUAAACCCAUCUAUAGUUUUUCUUUGGCUUUUUCUCUUUAUGUGUAAGCUUAAAACCAAUGUUGGACAUAAUGUAUUUUAAAAUGUUUUUGCAUAAAAUAAAAGCAAGGAGGAGAUAACACGUGCAGCUCAUGUA